AACAAUAGGUUGGUGAAGCAUCUGGACAAGGGCAAGGCAUUGCAUGAGGGCCAGGCUGGUUUUAGGGUUGGAAGGGGUUAUGUUGAUAAUAUUUAUACGCUGAAUGAACUCAUGCAGGGUAGACUAAAGGAGGGGAAGGAGACAUAUGCAUUCUUUCUAGAUGUGCAGAAGGCAUACCAUAGUAUGUGGCGUAAUGGCCUGUGGUUUAAGUUGUGGGAAUUUGGGGUAAGAGGGAAGAUGUGGAGGGUCAUAAAGAAGAUGUACGAGUAUUCAAAGAGUGCUGUAUUGUUGGAUGGGGAAUGGUCAGAGGCAUUUGAUGUGGAGCAGGGGGUAGCUCAGGGAUGUAGCUUAUCUCCAAUUUUGUUUUCCGUAUUUAUCAAUGGGUUGUUGAGGGAGGUGGAGGAAGCUGAGAUUGGGAUUGAUUUAAGUAGUGGUGGGAGACUUGGAGGACUUUUGUUUGCAGAUGACUUCGUUGGUGUUAGUGAGUCUAAGGAUCAGUUACAGACGCUUAUAGAUGUGGUGCAUGCUUACUGUCGAAAAUGGAGGCUAAAGGCUAAUGUGAGUAAGAGUGCAGUGAUGGUGUUCGCUAGGGAGUCAGUGGAUGGUGCUUGGAAAUGGGGGGAGUAUGUUUUGCCUAGAGUAUCUAAAUACACAUACUUGGGUGUUGAUUUUACUAGUACUGGUGCAUGGGAUGUGCAUAUCAAGAAUGUGUUAGACAAUGGUAGAAGGAAGGUUAAUCAGUUGCAUAGUGUAAUUAGUAAUAGGGAUAUUAAUUUGAGUGCUCGCAGGUUGUUGUUGCUGGCGGUGGUUAGGCCAACUUUAGAGUAUGGGGGUGAGGUGUGGGAAGACUCAGGCAGCUGCGUUAGAGUCCGUGAUGCUGAGAGGAGCUAAGCAUAUUCUUGGGUGUUCGUCUAAGACAUGUAAUGAAGCCGUUAGGGGGGAUAUGGGGCUUGAUACGUUACAAGGGCGUAGGGAUAAGAAUAAGUUGAAGUGGUGGUAUAAGUUAGCGGCAUUGCCAGGCA